UUUCCCUAUCAGUUAUGGUUCAUCAAAAUAUGAUUUUUAUAUCAAAAACAAUUUGCAUUAUAUUUUCUAUUUUUACAUUAUACUUGUUCUAAAAACUUUUUUUUUGCCAUCGAUCUCUACCUCCUAUCAUUAAUCUUUAGUGAAAUAAUUUUGUAUAGGAAAUAUUUGCAUGAUUAUAGUUGAGAAUUCGAGAGAUUUGUUUUAUGAUAAUCUGGAGCGAAAGAAAAUGCCGUCCAAGAAGAGGAGAAGAAAGGAAGAGAGACCCAAGAUCCACCCCAAAAACAAAUACUCCGAUAACCCGCCCGAUUUCGCUCUUUUAGCCUCUUUAUACCCUACCUUUAAACCCUUUGUCUUCUACACUCGCGAAGGCCGACCCAGAAUCGACUGGACUGACUUCAAUGCCACCCGCGAACUCACCCGCGUCCUUCUCCUUCACGACCACAACCUCCAUUGGUGGAUUCCUCAUGGGCAGCUCUGCCCUACAGUGCCCAACCGCUCCAACUACAUCCAUUGGAUUGAAGAUCUUCUCUCUUCUCACAUCAUUCCCAGAGAUAACACCGAUGGAGGUAAUGUGAGGGGAUUUGAUAUAGGAACUGGAGCCAACUGUAUCUACCCUCUUCUUGGCGCAUCGCUAUUGGGCUGGAGCUUUGUUGCAUCAGAUAUGACUGAUGUAGCUAUAGAGUGGGCAGAGAGAAAUGUUAAAAACAAUCCAAAUAUUUCAGAAUUAAUUGAGAUUAGAAAAGUUAAAUGUUCUCAAAACACCCUUUCUCCUGAGGGGUUAAGUGGUGAGUCUAGCUAUUCUGAGGAAAGAGAAGGUUUGCCGUCUUCUUCCCUUGAUAUAUCAGCAAGUGAAGAUAAGAGCUAUUAUGGACCCGCUAUACUUGUUGAUGUGGUAAGGGAUGGUGAGACCUUUGACUUCUGCAUGUGUAAUCCCCCAUUUUUUGAAAGCUUUGAGGAAGCAGGAUUGAAUCCGAAGACUUCUUGCGGUGGAACUUAUGAGGAGAUGGUCUGCCCUGGUGGUGAAAAGGCCUUUAUUACACGUAUUAUUGAAGAUAGUGUUGUGCUGAAGCAAUCUUUCCGGUGGUAUACGUCAAUGGUUGGAAGGAAAGUGAAUCUCAAAUUCCUAGUGUCAAAGCUUCGAGAGGUUGGAGUUACUGUAGUAAAAACAACUGAGUUUGUCCAAGGGAAAACAUUUCGAUGGGGACUUGCUUGGUCUUUUGUGCCUCCUGCGAAGAAGAUAGUUACACCUCAUGUGACUGAAAAGAACAUUCUCUCUUUCAUGCUUGAGGGUAUUCAACGCCAGUUUGGUGCAAUACAUGUACUCCAGUCAGUUGAAUCCUUUUUCCUAGCUGGUGGAGCAUCUUGUAAAUUGAAUGCCUCUUCUUUUGUGGUUGAUAUUACUGCAUCAGCUGAUCACUGCAAUGCUCUGCUGAACAAUGACGUAAAAUAUAUUGAUGAAGUUGCAAGUUGCAGCAAUGUGCAAGAGGCACCCUCAAACCUGUGUUUUCGUAUUUUGGUCUUUCAGCAAAUCCCAGGCACACUACUUGUUAAAGGAUCAUUACAGCAUAGAGAUAGCGCACUCUCAGGAUUGUUCUCCUCAAUAAUCCAACAGUUGGAGGCUUCACUGAGACAAAAGUUUUGCAAAGGGAAGACUGGCACCAAUUAUAUCUAGGCUCCUAAUCACAUUAUUCAGCGAUGCAACAUUUAGAUUCCAUAAAUUUGAAGCUCAUGUUUAGGACACAUAACUGCUCCUACUGGGGGCUUGCUACUGCCCUCUGAAAGGCAAUGUAUGUACUUACUACUGAGCCAUAAACACGGUACAUGCUUGGAAACUUUAAAUCAUAAACUUAUAAGCAUCUUGAGCCGAAAA